GCGCUCCCGGGAGGCAGCGGCGGCGGCAGUAUCCAGAGCAUCAGCAGUCUUGGCAGCAGCCCGGCAGCCUCGGGCGGGGUCGGUUGUCGGGCCGACGACAGACAGAGGUCGCCGGGGGCGAGCGGCCUGACCUCCCAGCGGGCCAUGGAGGGCUCCUCGUUCGGCGCGGGUCGUGCGGGGGCCGCCCUGGACCCCGUGAGCUUCGCUCGGCGGCCGCAGACCCUGCUGAGAGUGGCCUCCUGGGUGUUCUCCAUCGCCGUGUUUGGGCCUAUAGUCAACGAGGGCUACGUGAACACCGACAGCGGCCCGGAACUGCGCUGCGUCUUCAAUGGGAACGCGGGUGCCUGCCGCUUUGGCGUCGUGCUGGGACUCGGGGCUUUUCUAGCCUGCGUCGCCUUCCUGCUGCUCGACGUGCGCUUCCAGCAGAUCAGCAGUGUCCGCGACCGUCGCCGCGCUGUGCUCCUGGACCUGGGCUUCUCAGGUCUCUGGUCCUUCCUGUGGUUUGUGGGCUUCUGCUUCCUCACCAAUCAGUGGCAACGCACCGCACCAGGACCCGGCACCACACAGGCUGGGGAUGCGGCCCGGGCUGCAAUCGCUUUCAGCUUCUUCUCCAUUCUCAGCUGGGUGGCGCUCACCGUGAAGGCCCUGCAGCGGUUCCGACUGGGCACCGACAUGUCACUCUUUGCCACAGAGCAGCUGGGGACUGGGGCAGGCCAGGCCUACCCUGGCUACCCAGUGGGCAGUGGCGUGGAGGGCACCGAGACCUACCAGAGCCCACCCUUUACCGAAACCCUGGACACCAGCCCCAAAGGGUACCAAGUGCCUGCCUAUUAAAGGUUGGCAGGUGCAGACAAGGGCUCAAAAGCCACCCCACCAAUUCAGGCCCCAAGGCCUCCUGGGACCUCCCUCAGAUCAUGCCCACCCAGUGCCAGGGACACAGGGGAUGGCCACUGUGGGUUUCCGUUGGCCAAGUAGAUGAAGUCCUUCGGGGGUUCCUGAGCUGUCCCCACCAAGCCCCUCAACAAGAGGGUCCAGACCUGAGCUCCUGUAAGAGGGCAGCACAGCCUAGGGUGGGUUACAGAAAAAGAGGCAGUCUCUUCAGGGGCCAGGUAACCUGGGCUUACCUGUUUAUUCCAAGGUCAGAGGUCCAGCUGCCCUACACAGCCUGGUGCUGGGCUUCCCAGGCCCAGGGGUAAGGACACUAACCUCACCUUGAGGCCAGAGAUUAUGGCCACUGUUCCCCAUCCCCAGUCCUAUGGAUAGUGACUACCUUUGCUGCUGUCUUGGUUUGCCCUGUCUGGAGCCUCCCUCCAUUUCCACUCAUAGACUUUAGAGCAGCCUGGCCUAUUAGUGUUGUCGUGAUUGUGGUCAAGUCUUCCAGUUUCAUCUCAUAGUGCCCCAUAAGCUGCCCCUCUCUGUGGGCCAUUCUGGCCAGGAAGGCACAAGACAACUGUGGUUCUGGGCAACAGCCCUUCAGUAAGACCUUGCCUAAGGGAAGAGUGGAACACCUGGGUGCCAGGCAAGACAUAGUUCUCAUCAGGAAAGAGUCCCGAAGCUUCCACCUGCCAACAGUGCCCCCAGAGACAGCCAUUCCUGCAAACUGUCUUACUUUGGCUUCCUGGACCAGUUUCUCCCUCCCAACCCUAUACCUUGUUUCAAGGCCCAGCCCUAUGGGGGAUUUUCGUGUGUAGCUGACUAUUCAUGCAUUGCACAAAGCUGGCUUUUCACAUAAAGUUAAACCUGACAUGUUGCCAUAUUUCAUUCUUACAGACAGAUGCCUCCCUCUGGAGUUGCGGUUGAGUGACAUCUCUAUACAUUGUAGCAUAGAACAAUUAUUUAAGUGAUAUUUAAGUGAAUAUGUUUACAGUUUUUGUAUAUAUGGAUAUCUUCUGAAAGAACAAUCCAUGAUUGUGUAUUUUUAGUGUCCCAUAUUCUGACUGCAACUUCUUUACAAUAAA